ACGUUAGUUGCUAGUUUGUUCUGUUUGUAUGUGGUAGGCUGUGUCCAACAGCAGAAGGAACUUUUCUAUAUAACUUACUACUGCCUUUCAGAUCUCCCUAAUUAGGUAUAACGGCAGAUACUAAAAAUGGGACUUUUAGCAAUAUUAAGAAAACUGACUUCAACCCCCGAAAGAGAAUUAAGAUUAUUGUUGUUGGGUCUAGAUAAUGCUGGGAAAACAACAAUUCUCAAAAUAUUGGCAUCCGAAGAUAUUACAAAUAUUACGCCUACAGCUGGAUUUAAUAUCAAAUCGGUCAUAAGCGAUGGCUUUAAACUUAAUGUUUGGGAUAUUGGUGGUCAGCGGAAAAUACGACCGUAUUGGAAAAAUUAUUUCGAAAAUACGGAUGUAUUGAUCUACGUCGUGGAUUCGGCCGAUAAAAAACGACUUGAGGAAACCGGAAUAGAAUUAUAUGAAUUGCUAAGCGAUGAUAAAUUAAAAAAUGUUCCUGUCUUAGUAUAUGCUAAUAAACAAGACCUUCCAGAAUCACUGUCCGCCUCCGACCUUGCACAAACAUUAGGAUUGCCCUCCAUUAAGGACAGAGCAUGGCAAAUUCAGGCCUGCUCUGCGUUACAAGCCACAGGCGUACGUGAGGGUAUGGAGUGGGUCUGCAAAAGCAUUAAGAAGAAAUAGAUAGAAAUAGAAAUAUGUCUGAUGCUGUUGUCAUGUUAUAUAGUCAUCGGAAAAUUUUGCUACCAAUUUGUACGACCUUUAUCAUUUUUAGAACGAUGUAGGUAAUAAUUAAAUAAGAAUUGUUUAUACCAAUUAUUAGACAAAUAAUUAUAACGUCGCAAUUCCAAUUUGCUUAAAUAUA